AUGUUAGUUGUAGGAUCAGCCGUUCCAACAAGCUUCAGAGCUCUCCAACAGUACCUCUUCUCUCUCUUGCAAACCAGCAACACCGUCAAAAACCUCACCCAAAUCCACACCCAAAUACUCAUCAACGGCCUUUCCCAGAAAAAUUUCAUUCUUGUAAAGCUCAUCUAUCUAUACAUAUCUUCAGGUUAUAUCUCAAACGCCCAACGAAUUUUCCAACAGAUUGAAAACCCAAGCACUACCGUUUGGAAUCAAAUCUUAAGAAGCCACGCUCGGAGCGAAACACCGUGUAAAUCAAUCGAGCUCUACAAUCGAAUGCAAAGAACUCAGGCCUUGCCUGAUGGGUUCACUUAUUCUUUUGUAAUUAGUGCUUGUUCGAGGUCUGGGUUGUUGAGAGAGGGAGAGCAGAUUCAUGGGAAAGUAAUUUCGAAUGGGUUUUGCUCCAAUGUGUUUGUUCAAACCAAUUUGGUUAAUUUGUAUGCUAAGGCUGGUGAGAAAGUUGGUGUUGCGAAUGCGUGUCGCGUGUUCGAUGAAAUGUCUGAGAGAAAUGUUGUCACGUGGAAUUCCUUGCUUGCGGGUUAUCUUAGGAGUAAAGAUAUUGACAAGGCGCAGAGAAUUUUUGGUGAAAUGCCAGAGAGGAAUGUUAUUUCAUGGACCACCAUGGUUGCGGGUUGUGCUCAAAAUGGGAGGUCUAAGCAAGCACUGUUUUUAUUUCGCGAGAUGAUGAGAGAGAAGAUAGAAUUGGACCAGGUGUCAAUGGUUGCAGCACUAUCGGCUUGUGCUGAAUUAGGAAACUUAAAAUUGGGGAAGUGGAUUCACUCAUACGUCGGUGCGACUUUUUGUUUUAGAAACCAACCCGUGCUAGUGUCAUUAAACAAUGCACUCAUACACAUGUACGCGAGUUGUGGUGUGGUUGAGGAAGCAUAUAGAGUAUUCCUUGAGAUGCCACGGAGAACGUCUAUUUCUUGGACAAGCAUGAUCACGGGUUUUGCAAAACAAGGGCGAGGAGAAGAAGCUCUUCGCGUCUUCCACUGGAUGCAAUGCUCUGGAGCCAGUGAAGCAAGGCCCGAUGCGAUAACCUUCAUCGGGGUCUUGUGUGCUUGCAGCCAUGCUGGUUUUGUUGAUGAGGGUCGACAUUUUCUCAAGUGGAUGAAUCAAGCUUGGGGCAUUGAGCCUAGGAUUGAACAUUAUGGUUGCAUAGUUGAUCUCUUAAGCCGUGCUGGUUUGUUGGACGAAGCAUACAGGCUUGUUGAGACAAUGCCCAUGAAGCCAAAUGAUGCUGUUUGGGGGGCAAUACUUGGUGGUUGUUGUCAAGAGCCAUAA